AUGGAGUGGGCACAACCUGGGCAACGCGACCUCAGCCUUGCUCGCCGACCACCGAGAGACUCGGAGAAACCGGCAUCAUGGUGUAUGGGAUAUAUGAUAGAGAACUGCUCGAUGUCCUGUGCUUUCAAUAACAGAUCACAUAUAAAUAGUUCAAAAUUACUGGUGUUCACCGCACUACAUCUACACAUUUUGUUCAAGUCAUAUCUACGUAUAAUGAAGAUUUCAAGCUCUUUGUUUAUAACAGUAAUCGGGGCUAUUGCCACAAUAACCAAUGCCGUUGAAUUCGAAAUCGUUAACAAAGAAAUCGGCGCAGUGUGGGUAGGAAUCCAAGGAAAUGCCGGAAAACCGCACUUGGAAAACGGCGGUUUCGUACUCGAAGCCGGCGCCAGGAGGACGAUCCACGCGCCCGAAGAUUGGGCCGGUCGGUUUUGGGGCAGAACGUGGUGCGAUUACAACUCAAAGCAUUGCAUAACCGGCGAUUGCGGGAACAAAUUGGAAUGCAGAGGAGCCGGUGGGGUUCCUCCCGUUACACUAGCCGAGAUUACUUUAAAAGGAUGGGGCGGCAUCGAUUAUUACGACAUCUCACUUGUAGACGGAUUCAACUUAGCUAUGAGCAUGACACCGGUGAAUGGUCAAGGAGACGGUAGUCGAUACAGUUGCAAACGCACCGCUUGUUUGAGGCAUUUGAACGACGAUUGUCCCGGGGAAUUGAGAAAAACCACGGAACACGGAACCGUGGCGUGUCAUUCGGCUUGCAAUAAAUUCAACACCGAUCAGUACUGUUGCAGGAACGCCCACAAUCGACCUGAAACUUGCAGAAGUUCUUCGUGGCCGAAGGACUAUCCCAAAUUCUUCAAGGAUCGGUGUCCUGAUGCUUAUAGCUACGCUUACGACGAUCAUAAGAGUACCUUUACUUGCAAAGCAUCGAAGUACAUUGUUCAGAUUGGAAUAUAA